AUGAAAGGCCAGUGCCCAGAUUGCAAUGAGGAAGGUUUUAUCAAAAUCAUUGAUCCUAGAACUGGCAAGUGUGAAAGAUGUUGGCCUUGCCCCGAAUGUCCGGAGGGUGCAGGUUCCUCUGUUCAGUGCAGAUCAAGUGUACCAAAGGGAACAGACAUUCACUGUGUAUCUUGCAUCAUGGGCAUAAACUUCUCUAACAGCCCAAGUACUGAAAUGUGCCAACCUUGUGGGGUCUGUUCCGGGAAGCACAAGCAUGUCUCAGCCGAAUGUACCCCAUCUAGUGAUGUGGAAUGUGAAUGUGACAGUGGAUUUUAUCAAAACAAAACAACCCAUGAAUGUCAGUCAUGUGAUUCUUGUUGCUUCAGUGAUGCUGAUGAUAACAUCAUUGAUAAAUGUCAGAAAGAUGAUGAAAUCAAAGAGAAUGAACAAUCCACGAUCAGACCCUCUACAUUCAUUGCAACAUCCUCAUCUUUAUUCAAAUCAAUCAAGAUCCAUACAACUGUAACUCCUUUUCUUCCAGGCCUUACUAGUAUUACAGUUCCUUCAAGGACCAAGCCAAUCCAAUCUACAUCAACAAGUGUUUCAUCUUCAAAUCAAAAGCAUGAUGUGGUACCUACAGAAAAUGUGAUCAUUGUGUCUGUACAUAAAACAGUACAUGAACAUGGUGAAAUUAUGAAGUGGAUCAAAGGAAUGACAUGCAUUCUGAGUGUUUCUUUACUAUGUGGUUUUUCAAUCUACCUGUUUAAAAAAAUAAGGAAAAACAGAUGAAGCAGAAAUCUACAACAGUUAGAUGAAUUUUCUCCUUUAAAUAAGAGUGAAGUGGACAGCCCCUACAGGAGAAGGAAGUUUAAUGGACACUGCACCCAUGGUGCUGCAGAUGGAUCAAGAAAAAAUUCAAAUACAGUUUACAGUAACAAACAUAAUGAAGUUGUAACAGGAGAUCAGCUUGAGAACAUGGCUGAGAAAGGUUCAGUUCAGAAAGGAAUUCCAUCAUCCCUUGAUGGUAAACCUUCAAAUUCCACAGAAAAAGGUUAGAGAAAUUAUGGAAAACUAAUGACUCAAUAAUCUAAUAUUUUGAUUGUAUAAUUAGAAAUUUAAGGGUUAAUUACCCAGCCAAAAUCGUGAUAGCUAGCUUUGGAGAAAUACAACACAGAGCCAUUUGAAGUGAUUGUGAUUUCUAUAAUAGAAAUAAUUGCAUUUAGUAUUUCCUUAUUCAUUACAGUAAUUACAUAAUACUUUUUACCAUUCUUCUCCUUUGAAUCCUUCAAAAGAUUCAAAGUCAUUUAUUUUUGUUUCUGUCUGGCAAAAAAUAUUUAAGAAUUCAAGUUUCUAGCCUUUAAAAUGGUUCAUCACAAGACGAGGUCCUCACUUACAGUGAAUUUUGAGAGAGUAAAUUAUGCAUGGUCUACAAACCUAUAAGAAAGUUUUUAGAUAUUAAAUUUUGCCACCACUGUUAGUGACAUGUCUCAUACUUUAAAUUGAAAAUAUGACACUAAUUUUGUCAUUUUGAUUCUUAUCCACUAGUUGUUGAUGUGCAAGGGGAAAACCAUAGAGCAGGCCAUAACUUAAUUCCACCUCCUCAACCUGUGAAGGAUAACCUUGGGUAUUCAACCUACAUAACAGAUGUACCUACACCUGUCAUCCAUGAAAUGUGCAUGCUACUUGACAUUGAAAGAGUCUCAGAUGAGAAUGACUAUAAGAUGCUGGGAUGUGAACUUGGCCUUACAUCAUCAGAGAUCACUUUGAUCAAACAAAAAAGUAAAAACCCAUCUCACGUGCUUCUCAUGGAAAAGUUCGCAACCAAGCCAAAUUCUGGAACACUUAAUCAUCUCAAAUCCAUAUUGACAAAACUUGAGCGAUAUGAUGUCAUUCAGGUUAUUGAUAAAUGGGUCCAAAAUCAAACAUCGCAAACAAAUUAGAAAUUAGUCUGUAGAUAAUUGAAGUUCACUUAGCCCUCUAACUCCCAAAAGUGAUUAACAAGUAACUUCUUCCUGUCUUCUCCAUACUUUAUCCAGCAAACAGGUAAUGAGAAAAUUCAAACUCAUCAGGUAGAAGUUUUUAUCUUGAUCUAACGCCAAAUUUCUUGUUACUAAUUUACUAAGGGAAGGAAUAAACAAUCAGAACUUAGGAGUUAACCCUUUAACUCCCAGAUCAAAUUUGUAAUUCUCCUUAUUGUCAAUCAUACAAAUCUUGUAUUGUAUUGAUAUUGUAAGGAGAAAUUCUGUCUUGGUCACUCAGGGGAGUUUAAGGGUGAAAGGGUUAACUAAGCAAAAAAAAAGAUCUUUGUUUUCAUCAAAAACCAUAAAAAGUUUCUCAGAGUAUUUUUAAAUGAGAUUGAAUUGAUAUUGAGUCAACGCCUUGAAAGUAAAGUCAUUUUAUAGCCUUCAAACCUGGAGAAAAAAAGUUACAAAAAGUAGGAAAGGGUUAGGGGUUAAAGAAAAUCUUACUCCUGCAGGCAGGCUCUAUGUUUUAGUUGGUGAACAAGGUUUCAAAAAAAAUCUUGUUUCUGGAAUGGCCAGAAAAAAUUUAUUCCUGCAAACUGUAAAUUUCCCGCUGGCCCUUCCUGUCACAUUUGUAAAUAUCAAGACUAUGCAUCUGAAAUACUUUUUAGAUCUUAUAAUUUUAAUAUUCUAUUUUUAAAUCUUUCAAAAUCAAAUUUUUCCUAAGUUUGGCCCAGUGAUAAUUAACUAUUUCCUUUAAUAUAUAUUUUUAUCAUUUUUCAGCCUAAAAACUGCCUUCCAUAAAAAUAUCGCACUAUCUAUUUCACCUUUAUAUAGUUAUUUACAGUUACACGUUUGAUUCUGAAUAGUUUUGUCCACCAGCAUUUUAACAUGACAUUUUGAACCCUUUCACGGAAGCCUCGAUGGUUAUCCACUUGGAACCAAUAAUAUAGCGUGACUUCCCUUCUAGAAUUUUAAACACAUUUAACUGUCCGUUUCAAACACAAAUGAAUGAAAUGCGUUUUAGAGCAUUUCAUUCAAAAUAGCUUGCAAAAAGCGUCGUAUUUCGGUGGAUAAUAAUCUUAAUAGUCUUCAUAAUAUAGAUGCUUUAGGAAAAUCAUUAACCAUAAAAAAAAAAGACAUAUUUCGUUCGUCCAGUGAAUCUCUGUUACCCAUGCAGUUAGUUAGUCCCGAUCCUGUUAACUUAGAUAGCUGAAUUAAAUAAACAAAAGCUUGGAUAAAACGAGGUUCCUUGGUUUAGCUUCUAUUUUUGGUUCUUCUUCUUAUUUCUCUUCUUCUUCUCCCUCUUCUUUUGAAUGGCCUUUGACCUUUGAAAAGAUGCUGACUCAUUGAAAUUUAACUUUUUUGGUUGAUUAGGGUUAGAUUUGCAUCCACCUCAAUCGCUCUCAAGCACAUUGUAAGAAUUUUCAUUCCUAAAAUUGAAGAAAUUAAACGAUACGAGAAAAUUGUACAACUUCGACGAAAAGAGAAAUGUAAAGAAAAAAACAUAAUAAGAAGCCAAGUGUGUCCUUGCAAGUCUUGUUUUGUGGAUUUGAUGCACUGAUUUUGAUAAAGACGCUUGCUCAGCACAAAGCAGACAAUGAACGGCUGCAUCAGUAAUCAAUAGCGAGCGUGCGUGCUUCAAGGCGGGUCGCGUGAUCAUUUGCACAUUAACAAAACAAAAACCAAAAUCUUCAAAACUUUGGAUGGGCUAGUACUUUAUAAUUAACUCCGAUUGAACUUAAAAAGGCGACCAAUGUCUUCGCUAGGUUCGUCAGGCGCAGGAUUUUUCAUUAAGAUCGUGGCGUAGAAGUUACUAAUCGAAAUAGUGUUUUUUCUCUUCCGUCUUUUCGCUCUUUUUACUUUCAUUACCAUACAAAGAGUUGUGCAAAUUGUAAAAUUCUCUUCCUUGCUACCUCCUAUCACAUUUUUAAAUAUUCAGACCAUUCAUUCUGUGUACUUUUAUAUACUUUGUAUUUUUUUUUUUUGUAAUAUUUCAAAUUAAAUUUUUUUUCAUAGUUUGGCUCAGUGAUAACCAUUUUUUUUUGUUUUUUUUUUUUUGUUUGUUUGUUUUUUUUUUUACCCUGAAAGCCACCUUCUAUAAAGAUAUUGCACCGGUUAUUUUUACACACUUAUUUAAUGAUAUUCUGUUAACUCAGUCUGACCUAAUUUCUCCACCAGCAUUUUGACAUGACAUUUUUAACCUUUAAACCAAAGCCACAAUGAUAAUCCGCUUGGUAACUUCUAAAAUUGCAAUGAAUGAAAUGCUUAAUUAGCUUGGAGACAGCAUUAAUACCUCUGGAAAAAAAAAGUUCAAAUAAUAAUACGGCUUGAGAAUAAUCAUGCACCAUUAAAAACAUAUUUCGUCAGUGCGUUGAAUCAAUUUGAAACCCAAGCAGCUAUUUGGUCCCCAUCCUGUUAACUUAGCUGAAGUAAAAUGAACGAAAGCUCUGGAAAUACGAGGUUCAUUGUUCCAGCUUUUUUUUUUUUUUUAAUACCCUUUGAACUUCACAACAUGCUGACUCAUGGGAAUUUUUACAUUUUUUUUCAUGUACGCAAAAGUCAGAUUUGUCCUCAGCUCAGGCGGUGAUGCAAGCACAUUAACAAAAUUUCAUUCUUUAAAUGAUCUUAAAUGGAAGACAUCAAAAUAUACAAGAAAAGCAUACUACUUCGGAAAAAGAAAAUUUUAACUAAAUUGACAGAACUGUUGAAAGAAGAAGCCGAGUGUGUCGACGCUAGUCUUGUUUUGUGAAUUUGAAGUUUUGACGAAAACGCUUGCUCAGCACAACAUAGUGCUGAGCAAGCGUUUCCGUCAAAACCGGCUUCAAAUCUACAAAACAAGACUCGAACGAAAAGUGCUUCAAACACAUCAAACGGACGUGCUUUAAGUCACAUCACUCGAAAAUUACGAUCAUUUGCAUAUGGCGAAAAAAGAAAAAAUCAAUUAAUGUUACGCUGUUUCCUUUCUUUCUGAUAAACUUCAAUCUCUGGUUGUAUCUAGUUCAUUUCUCGCUCAAGGUAUGUAGUACUCGAUGCUUAGGCUGAUCAAGGCUGUAGGAAUUAGCUAAGAAGCAAGUCAAUCUAAAACUUUGAGGGAAAUAGUUUAAAAAAAUUUUCUCAUACUUUAUGUUCUUCGCAGAAAAUGGCUUCUUUCGCGUUUCCCGAAGAAAGCUUAAUCUGCAAAAUGACAGCGGCGAUCUUGCUGGUCCUCAUCUCAACUGUAAGUAAGAAAUGAUUGGUUAUUAGUUGGGAUUUCACACAUUUGAUUAAAAGUUUUUGUAGAACCGAUUUUCAACAUUUCUAGUGCUAGAAUCGACAAUGGAAUUUGAUCUAUGAAAUUUAGACCUAAUUGCCAAAUCAAGAUGUAGGUAAUCCAAGAUAAGAGUGAAUUUUUCGUUUGGCUUCAUAAUAGUCUAUGUUUCUUUUUUGUCUCUAUUUAAGUUCUGUCCUUCAUUAAAAAUUAACUACCGGUAACGCCUCUUUACAAGUUUUUGCUUUGAUUUGCGAAAUUUGGACCAAGCAUCAAAACUCUUCACACACGAUUUUAAAAUACUAUGGUGGAGUUUUUAGCAUGGAAUUUAAGUAACUUCCCUGCGAACAAGCGGCCCCUAAUGCUGACUAGGAUAAUAUUGCUGUCGAGAAAGACGAUAUCGAUAUCUGGGCUGCAUUGUGUUAGGGCAUAUAAUUCCUCGGGCUUACAUGAUAUGCCCUGACGUAGGCAUACAUGGCAACUAUCGACUCGAUUUCAACCGCUAAAAUAGCGGACCUUUCCGAAGGAGGACUUCUCUCUAGUGGCCUCACUGGUACUUUUGCAAACUUAGAUAGAUUUUUCGUAGCCCAUGGGUUUGGAUUAUGUUUGUAUGCGAUUCUGUUUGAUUUCCCUUGAAUGGUCAGAACAAGCGCAAAUGUUAUGUCCUGACGAUUCGAGAAUUCUAUCGAUCGAGGUUGUCAACCAUGUGUAAUAAUCAAAACUGUAAUGCCCUUUUCCACAUAAAUUUAUGCUGCUAUAAUAUUUGAUAAGUUACAUCUAUAGAGCCGCUAUCUUAGCCACGUAACUGAUAUGAUUAAGGCAAGGAACUGGUGAUGUAAGUUUGAAUUUCCGAAAUUAAGUAAAAGAAAGAUUUCGCACCAAAAAAUAAGCAGUCGUAAUGGUCACAUAAUAUUUUGAUAGACUUAAUAACCGUUGCUUUCACGCCUGAUUAUGCUAUGGUUAAUGCUCCAUUUUACCAUUUUUUGCUAGGUCCCUGCGCGAGUGGCAUCGGCUCGAUGCCCAGAUUGUACGGGCGAGAUAAAAAGAAUUAAUUCUACAGGCAAAUGCCACAGUUGUUUUCCUUGCCCAGAAUGCAUUGAGGGAUAUUCAACUUCAUCUGUCCCUUGCGGAGCGACUAUUCCUUAUGAGAGAGAUAUACAUUGUGUGGAAAUCCUACAGCACCCUCAGGAAAGUUCACAAACAAGCCAUGCAAUUUUUGCAUCUGGAACAGUUACCUCUCCUUCCCAGAUUUUCGCCACCACGGCAAAUUUGGUCAUUUCUGCCACUAGCUCCUUCGUUCGUGCUGGUUCCAGCAUCAUUCAAGAAAGAGAAUCUAAGUCAACUAAAGACCCGAACACUGAGAACAUAUUGCCACCAUUUGGCAGUUAUUCAAACAACACCAUCAUAUUCACAUUGUUUGCAAUAUCUCUGGUGAUCUUAUCAGUGGCUAUUGUGUUUAAGUUGCAAAAGAAAAAUAAAGGUAGAAGUCAGUCAGCAGUAACUACAGUUGAUGCACUUCCAUCCUUGCCAGGGCAAUCAUUGUCAGAGCAAGAUCAUGAAACUUGUCAUAUUGAUUUAGGAACAAACUGUGUCAUUUAUCAAGGUGCCCAUUCAAGUGAGAUGGGAGACGACACAUUGCCAGGUUUGACUCAUGGGACUGGAAAUAAUGGUUCAGGUAAUUAUUGUCAAACCUAUUGUUGAUUGAUCUACAUUUCCAAAAUGUCAGCUGUUAGAUCAGAGAGUAAGAAACUGACCAGAACUGUUUGCACUCAUGUACACAGCUUUUAAAAAUACAGUUGCUGUGUUAAUUAUUCUUUAACUUAUCUUAUUUCUUGUUUCAUUUUUCUUCCAAAGUAUGGUUAAAUAUGGUGACCUCAUGCUUAACAGCUAGGCAUCAGUAAGGGUUGAUACUAAUCUCAUGUCUAAUAUAUUCCCUUUCUCCUUUCAGGCACCAUUUGUGAUAAAUGAACUUGAGGCUGUGAUUAUGCAGUCUCUCUGUUUUUUAUCUUUGCUAGUCAUAUAUUUAAAAAAAAUGUUAAUUUUAUUGUAAUUAUACUACACCCAUUAGUGUCAACCACCACUAUGGUUUUUGAAGGCUGACAUUUCAGACAGUAACCCUUUGCAUUGCAGUAGCUAAUUCAAUUUGCUGAUUAGCAAUUUAUUAAUUUACCCAAAGCAGACAGAGUUGAGGUAGUAGCACAGCUUCCAGGUACUCCUUCUUGCAUUGAUGAAACACCAAGGGAUUUACACCAACCAACUGACAAGAACACAUUACACCCAAACUUUGUACCUUGGCUGGUGCCUGCUCCCAUGGGUGAGUGUUGGUUUUAGUGCCUUGUACAUAUGAGUAUUCAGCUUCAUUUUAAUUCUCUAUUAAUUUGGAAUUUGUACAUGAAUUAAGCAAAAACAUACAAUUCAAAGAAAACUGAAAUUAUAUAACCUUGUCUGCACUUCCCACAAAAGAAGAAAAACUGUUUUUCAAACCAGACAUGUUAAGUCACUAUGACUGCAUGUUUUAUGAUGUAAAUAUUCAAGAACUGGAAUAAUUUUUUUCCAGUAAUGCAGUACAGCACUUAGUAUGUACCAAGCUGAACAUAUAAAUUAAUUACAAACCAGGUGAUAUUGAAGGAUAAUUAAUGUACAGCUGCAAGAAGGGAGAUUUGCUAAUCAGAUCUUGGGAGUGAAAGGGCUAAGAGGCCUUGUAGGUAUCCAAUUUAAAAAGAAGCCAGAAUACAGUAAUAUUGUGCUCUUUUUUCUACAUACAGGCGACAUGGAAUGGGGGAGGGGGGUCCUGUCCAUAAUUUAGAGUGUGUUAGAAACAGUUCUGGAGUGUUAUUCUAUACAUGAACAGAACUCUUCAAAUAUGAUGUGUCAACUAAUUUUGACACUGAUUGUAGCUGCAUCUAGGAGGAACAGGUUCACUUUAAUUGUGAGGAAUUAACUGCUAUGUAACUUUUUCAUUUAACAUAAUGAAGUUUAAAGUACAGUUUAAUCUUGGAGUGGAAAACUGAAUAUAAUAAACAACCCUGACAUGGUGAUCAAAUCUCUAUUAUGUUAAAUUCUGAUUAUCCCAUAAAUUCCACUUCAAGUUUCAGUAUCCACCUAGUUGAAACUAAGCUAUUUACUAAAUAGACAUAAUUGUUUUAUUUGUUAUAGGACUUAGGAAAAAAUCUACAUCCACCUCCACAACAGGGCUUUUUGACCAAACAGCUUCUUUACCACAAAUUUCUGAUAUUCCCCAAGAAUUCCUUAACUCUCUGCUCAGCCAAAAAGUUGCCAAGAUACGUAACAAGUUUUACUGCAAGAUUUGUCAGAAACUGGAUGUUUUGCAGGAUAUAAGUUGUAAUGAUUAUCGCCUCCUUGGGGAAAAAGUUGGUGUGGACAAAGAUGCCAUCUUGUUGCUAAAACAGAAGGGUAAUCAAACACAGGAAAUCUUACGGCACUUUGACUCAAAGAAAGAAACCUGUGUGGAAAGAUUUAAAAUCAUUCUUGAAGACAUGGAAAGAGAUGAUGUUGUUACUGUAAUCAAGGACUGGAUUCUGUUUGAGUGGCAAGAAAAUAUUCAGCCCUCAAGAGUGAUUUAG